GCACCAGGGACUGGAACAGCGACAAUCUGGAGCGUGACGACACCUGGCGGAGCUCGGCACCGCUGUGACUGACGCAGGGACCGGGCGGGUAAUGUUACCUGUGGCGGGGAGGUCGCCAUCCACCGCGCCUAACAUUCUAGGUCACACCGGACACAUGGUCAGUUCGGAUACAACAAACUACUGAGGGUGACCACGGGAGGCAUCGAAGCUAUUGCCAAUAGCAAGAUGGAUAAACCCGGGUGCUCGUCACAGCCUGACUAUGUUGAAGACUUGCCGGAUUAUGAGACCGCCACCGGCUUCAAGCCGUAUCCCAAGGAGCCGGCGGCCAGUAGCCAGGAUGACAAGAAGGAGGAGGAGCCGAAGUCUCCGGAGUACGAGUUUGCCUCAGGCACGACCAUGCACGGGCUGGGAAAGAUUGCGGACGCGCCAAACCUCCCAGCACGGCUCAUGUGGACUGUGUUCUUCCUCGUUGCUUUCGGAUACGCAGCUUACCUCAUCACCCAAACGUUCAUCUCCUACUUCAACUGGGAGACCAUCACAGACGUGAAGCUGGAGUUUUCCGAGAGUCUGGAGUUUCCAGCCGUCACUCUGUGCAACUUCAACAAGUACGAGAAAAGAAGUGAGGUCAGCCAAAACUUCGAUGCCAUCGACUACCUGAGUCCGAUCAUCGGGAACGCCUUCCUGCCGAGCACCGGAGGUGACAUACCCCAAGCAAGCACCAACGACUCCCUGUACAGUUUGAGCCUGAUGAGCAUCACCGAUUUCGCCGGGUUCCGUCUGGACGCAGACUCGCUGAUGGACUGCACCUGGAAGGGCGAGAGAUGCUACGCAGAGAACUUCACCAAAGUGUACACGACGUUCGGGAACUGCUACAUCUUCAACGCAGCGUCAGACCAGAACCUCGUGCAGACCAUCCCGGGAGCGGGCAACGGCCUGCACAUCGUUGUGGACGUCAAAAAGGACAUGUACACGGAGGACCUGGAGGCCGGCGGGAACAGCGAUGUGGGGCUGAAGCUGCACGUCCAUCCCAAAUACGAGCCUCCCGAGCUGCAGACACAGGGGAUAGCGGUAGGGCCGGGCAACCACGCGUACGUCGGCAUCUCACAGGUCACGUACGUGAACGAGAUCCACCCGUGGGGCAUCUGUGAGCACGUGCAGCUGGACCAUUACGACACGUACACGUUCUCGGCCUGCAUGCUGGAGUGCAAGGCGCACCAUGUGCAGGACGAGUGUGGCUGCACUGCGCUGGAGCUCAUAGGAAGCGUGCAGCUUGAAAGCGAUCCGCAGAUCUGUUCUCCACAGCAAAUUGCUGACUGCGUCAACUCAGUCUACCAGCGCGUCCAGACGGGACAGCUGCCGUGCUACUGCCCGACUCCCUGUGAGAUAGUGGAGUACGACACCACCGUGUCCUACGCAGGCUGGCCAAACCCCAAGGCGAGCGAGAAACUCACCAGGGAUUAUCCGGACCUCUCUCAGGACUAUCUGAAAGAGAACUGGGUGGUGUUUGACGUGUACUACAAACAGCUGAACUUUCAGAAGAUUGAGCAGAAGAGGAAGACGUCCGUGGAGGGUUUACUGAGUAUCCUGGGCGGAUGUCUGGGCCUGUGUAUCGGCGCCAGUGUGGUCAGCAUCACGGAGUUCGCCUACUACCUGCUGCUCAGACCCGCCAAGUUCAUCAUGAAGCGGACAAAGAAGAACCUGUCCACCAGCCGGACCAACAUCGUGCAAGUCAGGUCGUCACCUGUGGAAGCCCUCUGAUCUUUUACAUAUGAUAAUAGCCUCCGGUUAGGUGGGUGGCCCUGGCUGUAUACGGCCGAAUAAAUCAAACAAAUCAAAUCAAAUCAAACCUCUUACAUAU